AUGCGUUUCUCAACAGUAGUUUCCGCCCUUUUGCUUUCCAGCACCUCGCUGGCAACACCAGCCCAACCCUCUUCAGCACUGGGCAAUGCCUCAGCACAGGGGGCUCCUGAGGAACAUCCCAUAGCUCAGACACCGGCUGCUGCGGAACCGACUGCUGCGGAGGCGAAUGCUGCUGCUGCUACUGCUGCUGCUGUUACUGCUGCUGCUCAACCAAAUGGUAAUGCUAGUCAACAACCGAACGUCAAUGUCAACCAGCAGCCAACUGCUGAGCCCAGCCAGCACCAAAGUGCCAACGACGAGCAGCAGCAGCAGCCGACUGCCAACGUCGCUCCACAAUCGAACGCCGCCCCAGAGCCGUCUCCUAGUCCCAAUGCCAAUCAACAAACAGAUGGCGGCCUGCUGUCACACCUAAUCCCCACCGGCGUUGCGGAUUCUUCUACCCAGCAGGAAUCUAAUGCUCCUGCUCCAACUGCCUCACCAGCGGAGCCUCAGGGUAGUCCGUCGCCUACCGAACAGCCGAAAACUCAGGGGUCCGCUUCCAAAACUGCUGCUUCCUCUUCAACGUCGUCCACAAGUAAUCCGUGGGAGAAUCUCACCCCUGAUGGAGUGACUGGCAACCCUUUGACGGACAUUGGUAAUGGGUUCCAGGGUCUCCUUGGUCUCCUGUCUCCAACGUUCCUUAAGGAUGUCGAGUCAUUUUUCCACCACUUUGCCUAUCUAUUUGACGACCAGACUACGGAACAGACCAAGUCUCUCAUUAAUAUUGGAUCCGGCCUUCUAACUCAAGACUUGAUCAAGCAGUUGAAUAGCCUGUUGAGCAACGCCGGCAAACUGUUGACAUCUGACUUUGUUGAUGAGAUCCAGAAAUUGAUCAAACAACUUGGCCCUCUCCUUACGGAUGACCUGUUCAAGCAGAUUGCCACAUUGUUGAACAACGGAAACGACCUUCUGACCGCUGACUUUGUCAAGGAGGUCAAUGCUUUGAUCGGAAACGCCAACCAACUACUGACAGCUGAAACCGUCAAGGAGCUGCGGCAACUUAUCGAUUCCCUUGGUCCUCUCUUGACUCCUGAACUCUUCAAGGAAAUCAGCGGCCUCCUUAAUAAUGCCAAUGAUCUGUUGACGGCGGACUUCGUUAAGGAGGUCAAGGGUUUGAUCUCUGCAGUGGGUCCUCUCUUGACUCCUGAGCUCUUCAAGGAGAUCAGCGGCC